UUGGGCGGCGGUAGACGUGAAUUCCUGCCUGAUACUGUCAUUGACGAGGAAGGCACACCCGGGAGGAGAUCUGAUGGAAACAACUUAAUCGAGCAAUGGCAAAUUGAUAAAUUUUCUCGCAACGUUAGUUAUCAAUACGUCUGGAACCGAGAUCAGUUUAUGAGUGCUGUUGAAUCCCCACCAGAAUAUUUACUUGGAUUAUUUGAAGGCAGUCACAUGCAAUAUCACAUGCAAGCAAACAAGAGUACAGAACCAUCACUUGCUGAGCUAACGGAGGGUGCAAUUAAAGCUUUAAGUCGAAACGAAAAGGGUUUCUUUUUAUUUGUAGAAGGUGGACGCAUUGAUCACGCUCAUCACGAUAAUCUGGUACAUCUCGCAUUGGAUGAAACCAUAGAGCUGAGUGCAGCAGUGGCCCGUGCAGCGGAAUUGUUGUCGGAGGAAGAUUCUCUAAUAGUAGUGACGUCAGACCACGCACAUGUAAUGAGUUUCAAUGGAUAUACUCACCGUGGUGGAGACAUCCUUGGGCCUUCUGAUGACUUAGGAGACGACGGAAUACCUUAUAUGACUCUAUCGUAUAGUAAUGGUCCUGGGUACCGCCCACACAGCAACGGUGGUGUUCGUGAAGAUGUUACCAAGUACGAUUACCAUGACAUAGACUUCGUGGCACCAGCGGCCGUACCACUGGAGUCGGAAACACACGGCGGUGAUGACGUGGCGGUGUUCGCGCGCGGGCCGCAGCACCAGAUGUUCUCGGGUCUGUACGAGCAGAGCCAGCUUCCGCACCUCAUGGCGUACGCGGCCUGCAUCGGCCCCGGCCUGCACGCAUGCGAUUAA